AUGCCGGCUAUUCCUAUCGUUCGACUCACCAGUAUAUCACAAGUGUCAGAAUUGGUUACACACAUGGUGCCAAAGAUCUGGACGGGUUCGACGUUUUUAUCCUCUCAAAGAUCCAAUGCAUUCCGCCUCUUUUGUCAGAAUGUCAUGAAAGCAACACAAGUUUCAAAUUCAUGUGUGCUGGUCGCCUUAUACUAUAUAUAUCGACUACGGUUUGCAUAUCCUUCAAUAAAGGGUUCAAUCGGCUCUGAAAUCAGACUAUUUACCACAGCCCUUAUACUGGCCAACAAAUUCUUAGAUGAUAACACAUUCACGAAUAAGACUUGGUCCGAAGUUUCAAGUGUGCCUUUAUAUGAGCUGAAUAUCAUGGAGAUGGAGUUUUUGACUGCAUUGGAAUACAAAAUAUGCAUUCAACAGGCACAAUUUUAUUCGUGGGCAUCGCAAUGCCAGCAGUGGUUAUCACAGCUUUUAACCCAGAGUAUUCUCAUUCCAACAAUGCCUUCUGUUUCAAUACCCACAUUGAAUGAUAGUAGUGCCUAUGGUAAUAGAGCAAGCCAUAAACGCUCUUCAGAUUAUCAUUUAAGUGGUCAUAAAACGAAGAGAAGGGUAGUAAUGCAGCAUCACCCUUAUUAUCAGCCUCCAACAAUCAACAUGUGUGAUACUCCCGCUUUAACAAGGUCAUCCUCCUCAACGACAACCUCCUCCUCCUCACUUAGUAAUUACUACCAUCAUUAUCACAACCAUUCCACAACGAAUUCCGCAACUUCAAUCGCGGCAUUUGCUGCAGCUACUGCCAUGAAUGUAAACUACCCAAAUUACACUUCUAGACAUUGA